UUUUCCAGAAUUGUUGAGUGCCUCAAUUGGAAUUUCAUCAUGAUUGUGGACAAAUUCACUAUCCUAAGUGGCCUAAUGUACUUGCUUUUAUACACAUUAAAUGUUAAUUUUUCAGUAUAUGCCAGUGAAAACCAAAUUGAAAAUUCUGAACCUCUGAUUCCAGAAGAAGAUAUCCCUGUGGUUUAAGGCACUGCACCUGAUUUGAUUAUUCCUGAAGAAGAUGGAGUCCUUGUCCUAAACUUUGACAAUUUUGAACGCAUCAUUGCUACCAGGAAACAUUUGCUAGUGGAAUUCUAUGCUCCGUGGUGUGGACAUUGCAAGACCCUGGCUCCUGACUAUGCUGCAGCUGCUCAACAGCUUAGGAAAGAUGGUCUUUAUCUUGCUAAAGUUGACGCAACAGUAGAGAGUGCUCUUAGCAAGCACUAUGGGGUCACUGGCUACCCUACCAUAAAGUACUUUCAGGAUGGAAAACUUGUUGAAGAUUACCCUGGAGGAAGAACCACUGCUGCAAUUGUUGAGUACAUGAAGAGGAGAAGUGAUCCCAACUACAAGCCACCACCUUCGGAUGUCAUUGAGCUCGUUGCUGAAGACUUUGAUGAGAAAGUUAAAGCUGCUCCUCUUAUGCUUGUGAUUUUCUAUUCCCCUACCAAUGCGGCUUCUCAACAGGUGGCCCCCGAGUACAGCACUGCUGCCACAACACUCCUCAAGGAUGGCAUUCCACUUGCCAAAAUUGAUGCACAGUCACACCCAGAUAUUGCUAAGACAUAUGGUGUAUUUGACUACCCAACUCUGAAAGUUUUUCGUCAUGGUCAAGCUUUUGAGUACAAAGGCAGGCGAGGUGCUGAUCACUUCAUAUCCUACAUGAGGGAAAUGGCUUUGCUUCCUUCUGAGGACCUCAGAACCUCUUUGAAUGCCAAGAACGCCGUCCAGCGCAACCUCCCCACCAUCUUCGGCUACUUCAGUGACAAGACCUCCAAGUUUUAUGAGAACUUCAUCACUGCCGCCAACACACUCAGAGGAGACCUGAAGUUUGUGCACACAUUCGAAGCCAGCGUUGCCGCAAUGUAUGGUAUUCCCGUGGACACUAUGGCGGUUAUCAUGCCAGAAAUUUACCAGUCUCAGUACGAGGAUAAAAUACGUGUCAUGGCAGAGGCCUCCACUUCGGACUGGACGAGCCUGGUGAGCUGGGCAAAGAGUAAAAGCGUGCCUUUGUUGGGUGAGCGGACGGCCGCUAACCAGGAGCUGCUGUACUCAGCACGUCCUCUGCUCGUCGUCUACUCUGGCGUCGACUUCUCACAUGAAAAUAUUGGUGCUGCCCAGCAUCUGCGCUUAAAGCUGCUGCCGCUGCUGAUCAAGCACCGCGAUGCGUUCACGUUCGCCAUGAGCAACGAGGACGCCUACAGCGACGAGAUGACCAGCGUCGGGCUCGGCGAGACUGGCGAGGAUGUCAACGCUGCCAUCUUUACUGGCCGCGAGAAGUAUGCAAUGGAGCCUGACGAAGACUACAUGGAAGAACUAGAAGAGUUCAUCACCAAGUACAGAGCAGGCAAGCUAAAGCCCUACCUCAGGUCGCAGCCUGUACCCAAGAAACAAACUGGACCUGUUAAGGUUCUUGUCGCCCGCAACUUUGAAGAAACCGUGCUGAGCGGCUCUAAAGACUACCUCGUCGAGUUCUAUGCUCCUUGGUGCGGCCACUGCAAGAAACUUGAACCUGAAUACAAGAAACUGGCCAAAGACUUGGCGACGUCACAACCUGACGUUGUUGUUGGAAAGUUUGACGCUACUGCGAAUGAUAUACCAACGUUGUUUGGCGUCAAAGGAUUCCCUACCAUCUACUACGUCUCUGCCAAGGAUCUGGAGAAUCCUGUGCCUUUCGAAGGAGACAGGACUUUGGCGGGACUUAAGGAGUUUGUCUUGCAGCAACGUGCUUCUCAUGCGAGCAAGGACGAACUAUAACUCAACUGUAACGACAAUCAUGACCACCCUACGUUAUCAGUCUUUCUUUGUUUCACUUCAUGAAUCUUGCGUCGCCUCAGCGGCCUGCUAUAAAAAUGCACGUGUGAAAUUUGUGUGUUCUUUUACGCAGAGAGGAAACGUUUCUCAUGUUGAAGCCAUUUGGCUUCAACAUGAACUCACCUUCAACCCAACUCACCUUCACCCCCUACUUCUGUUGAAAAUAUCAAGUGCUGUUGAUAAUUUCUUUCGUGUAUAAAGCCGCUCACAUCUUUCGUCUCUCUCUUCGACGCUACAUUGGAGAGAAAUCGCGCUCUUCUUGAAGGAUAAGUUCACUCUACUAUCUGUGACCUAUAAUUUACAAAUUUAGGCUUGAUCUGAGUAGAAUGUGGCCUAAAUAUCCGCUUGGAGACUUAAUAACCAAACUGAUUGUUAGGUUAUUAACUGUUCAUCAAAAAUUAUUCGUUGGACUUCAUCUUCACUGUUUGUUGAAAUGUACACCGAGUCCCCAGGAUACGAACUUCCGAGUUCCGAACUUCGUACUUACGCACAAAGCUGUCCACAACUCCAAGGCCUGUCCAUAAGGAUAAUUUGCAUACCCUCCGAGCUGCGGCAGCAGCAGGAGCGAACAUGUGCGGCGCGUUGCAUGUCGUAAACAAUAGCUCCCUCACUGUACCACUAUUGUACCACCUCACUGUACCAUUAUUGGUACAGUGAGGCGUCGUAAACAAUAGCUCCCUCGCUCCAUCACUGUCCCAUUAAUGGUAAAGUGAGGUGUACUAUUAUUGGCUGUACUGUACUUGUUACCGUAAAUUUUAUUUCAUCUAUACAGAGUAUUUGAAGGUAGUUCAAGCACAUUAAAAACUACCAGUGCUUUUGCUGCAGUGCAGGUAUUGUUUUUACCGAUGCGUCCGACAGUAUAGCCGGUUGUACCGUAACCAAAACGUACCGUAUGCUCGCCCUACUUUGGACAUACGAACGAAUAUACUACGACGAACAGCCUCCUGGAACGGAACUUGUUCGUUACCUGGGGACUCCCUGCAAUCGGGACCUAUUUCUCAAAUCCCAAUCGUUAUGCAGCAUUUAUUCUGUCUCAGUGUGUUUGAUGCAAAGAAGCAUCUCUGUUUCGAAAUUCUCAAUGCGUUUUCACUGUUUUUGUCUUAAAAGCAUUUAUCUAAUGCCCUUGAGUGCGUGUGUACGGUACCACGAUCUUUCCAUAGAGAAUAACUUUUUCUCUAAAAUGUCUCUUACAUUCCUUUUCGUCCAUUGAUUUUUCUUUUGAUGGAAACUGGGCUAUGCAACUACGCUAGUUUUAUUUUUACUGCAAAGUUACCUUGUGUUGUUAUGCAGCCCAAAAUAGUAUUUUUGCUCUUGAUUGCUUUAUUCACAUUGAAACAAUUGCAUUGUGAGCAUUUACAUCGAUAACCCGUGAUCGUUUUACUGUAGUUAGAGAAAUUUCACUAAUUUUUUGGCAUACAUGUUCGCCAAGCCUUUUUUGCGGUUGAUUGUCUCUCACUAAUGUGAUGAUUUUUUUCGUUAUUAGCUACUAAUACACACGUGCCUCUGGUUAAUAACUGUCAUUUCAAUUGUUAUGUGACUAAAUGUUAGUCGUUGUGAUGUAUCAUCUGCUCAAACUACUGUACUGUGCUUGCAGGCGGCCACGAAACUUAAAUAUGAUCGUUAUUUUCACUGCCAAAUUAGCCAGCUUUAAUUUGAUUGCAUCAUCGCAAAUUUUUUUCAUUAUAUUCGCUGUUUUUAGGCCAAAUUUAUUGUUACA